UGGUCUCGUGCCAACAGAGAGUCAGUGCAGCAGCGAACAUCCUCAUCCAGGAGACGUGCUAUCUCAGCCAUCAUCUCUAAGGGAACAUUUUUAAUUCAGAGCUGAAAGAUGUGUGGUAUCUGGGCUUUGUUUGGCAGUGAUGAGUGCCUUGCAGCUCAGUGCACCAAUGCCAUGAAGAUCGCUCACAGGGGACCUGAUGCCUUCCGCUUUGAGAAUGUCAAUGGCUUCACCAACUGCUGUUUUGGCUUCCACCGCCUGGCUAUUGUGGACCAGCUUUAUGGGAUGCAACCCUUGCGCAUCAAGAAGUUUCCUUUCUUGUGGCUCUGCUACAAUGGAGAGAUUUACAACCAUGACACGCUGAGGAAGCAGUUCGACUUUGACCACCAGACUAAAGUGGAUGGUGAGAUUUUGCUCCAUCUGUAUGACCGCUUUGGCAUCCAGAAGAUGGCUUCCCUCCUGGAUGGUGUCUUUGCUUUUAUUCUGCUGGACACUGCCAACAGAAAAGUCUUUCUUGGAAGGGAUACAUAUGGUGUCCGCCCUUUGUUCAGACUUCUCACAGACGAUGGGUUCCUUGCAGUCUGUUCAGAAGCCAAAGGACUUAUAGACAUUACCCAUACAAUGUCUACCCCUGCCAACAUUGUGCCCUUUCUUCCUGGGCACUUUGAGAUCUUUGAUUUGAAGAAGAAUGGCAAAGUUCAGUCCAUUCAAAUGGAUCAGUUUCACUGCUGCACAAAAGAGCCUGCUCAUGCCAUCUACGACACUGUGGAGAGACUGCCUACAAGUUGUGAUGAAGAAACGGUGAAAAGCAACAUCAGAACACUGUUUGAGAACGCUGUGAGGAAACGCCUCAUGGCUCACAGGAGAAUUGGCUGUCUUCUGUCAGGUGGUCUAGACUCAAGUUUGGUUUCUGCAACACUGGUGAAGCUGGCCAAGGAGGAAAAGCUGCAGUAUCCCAUCCAGACAUUUUCAAUCGGGUCCGAGGACAGUCCAGACGUCAUAGCUGCUCGUAAGGUUGCAGCUCACAUUGGCAGCGAACACCACGAGGUGAACUUUACUGCAGAAGAAGGCAUCCAAGCUGUUGAGGAAGUCAUCUGUCACCUGGAGACCUAUGACAUCACCACCAUACGUGCCUCUGUUGGGAUGUAUUUGAUUUCGAAGUACAUCAGGGAGAAGUCGGACAGUGUGGUGAUCUUCUCUGGAGAGGGCGCUGAUGAGCUGACUCAGGGAUACAUUUACUUCCACAAGGCUCCGACUCCCAAAGCAGCUGCGGAGGACAGUGUGCGACUGAUGAAGGAGCUCUACCUGUUUGACGUCCUGCGGGCUGAUCGUACCACUGCUGCACACGGUCUGGAGCUCAGAGUGCCUUUCCUGGACCACAGAUUUACAGCAUACUACCUUUCUCUGCCUGAGGAGAUGAGGAUCCCGAAGCAUGGGGUGGAGAAGUAUCUUCUGAGGGACUCCUUCAAAGAUCUCAACUUGAUCCCAAAUGAGAUCCUGUGGAGGCGUAAAGAGGCCUUUAGUGAUGGGAUGAUGUCUGUGAAGAAGUCCUGGUACAUCUGCCUGCAGGAGCACCUGGAGUCUAUGGUGAAUGAUGACCAGAUGGAGAAAGCUCACAAGACGUUCCCUCACAUCCCUCCACGCACCAAAGAGGCCUACUACUACAGACAGGUGUUUGAGAAGCACUUCCCGGGCCGAGCUGAGUGGCUCUCCCACUACUGGAUGCCACGAUGGACCACCGCCACCGACCCCUCAGCUCGGACCCUGGCCAUCUAUAAACCUGAUAAAGACCAGUGAUUCACUGGAACAGUGUCAGUCAGCAACAUGUGUCAUACUGGCUGAAUUUAGUUUAAUUCAGUUUCGAUUUAGAUUACUUGAAACUUGUUCUACUGAGGUUGUUUUACACUGUGGUGUAGUUUUUCAGACUUGGACUUGAGCAGCGCUUUGUCAGACCUGCUAUUUAGGGAGUUCCACUUAAUCGUAGGAAAUUAAUUGAAAGUCUCAUCUUAUGUUCCACAGCUGCUUGUACAAUGUGUCACAGCUUCAUAAUUAUUUGAAAGCAGCAAGGCUAAUGCGUGUGCUCCAGCUGCAGCCUGUUAUUUCAUGAUUGGCAUGCAUUUUUAUCCAGUACGAGUACUCUGAUCUUACAUUGACCUUAAAUCCCAUCAUAUACAACUUGGUUGGCAGUAGCACGACUGGAUUGUGCGCUGUUACGCCACUGGUAUUAAUAGCUAACCUGACACACCAGAUGGUUUGCUACGAUCCUACAACUGUCAUGUGACAUUUGAUAUUGUGAGAAUCCAGCUGUUGUGCAAGGUAAAUUAAUAGGUAAAUUAAAAUCGAUGCACACAAGAAAAAACAAAAACACGCCUGAAACAUUUUAAUUCUCAACAGCUUGUUGAACAUCCCAGUAACACAUUUAAGUAGAGUGAGUACUACUACUACUUUAACCCAUUGACGCCUAAAACGCCUGUAAAACCUCUGGGCGAUUUUAAAAUAAGCCCCUAAAACCUGAAGUUUUUCUGGAAAUUCAACAGAAGUGUCAACGCUUCUACUAAAUAAUAGAUUUUUCAGCCUCUGUAGCAGAUAGAAAUGAAAUUCAAAAAUUAUUUGAGAGCUUAUACAAAUACUACAAAACGACGUAUCCACUUUCCAGGCUUCAAUGGGUUAAAGCUGCACACUCAUUCUGUAUGUCAGAAUGAGAGGAGCUGUACUGCAUGUGGAUUAUGUACCUCUGGACAAGCACAUGCUAAACCAUGUCAAGUACACUUAAUGAGGUCAAAUUCAUUUACUGCAGUUGAUUUCAGUGUGCAGCAUGGGCCAUUGAUGCCUGUGUGGUAUAUGAUCAAAUAGCCCCUUUCAGGCCUGUAGGGGGCAUCAGAUCCCUAUCAUACAGAUAGGUGUGACAGUGUAGCUUAUAGUUACACAAGCACAGCUAGAGCCAGUUAGCACUUAUUAGAGCUUGACUGAUGUGUUAGUUUGGUAUGUGAGUUUUUAUUCCGUUAGUGCUUAACCCAUUGAGGCCUAAAACGGCUGUAAAACCUCUGGGCGAUUUUAAAAUAAGUCCCUAAAACCUGAAGUUUUUCUGGAAAUUCAACAGAAGUGUCAACGCUUCUACUAAAUAAUAGAUUUUUCAUCCUCUGUAGCAGAUAGAAAUUAAAUUCAAAAAGUAUUUGAGAGCUUAUACAAAUACUACAAAAUGAUGUAUCUGCUUUCCAGGCUUCAAUGGGUUAAUGCAGUUUACUUUCUUUGUGGGGAAGUUUGCUCCUAAUCCAACUUUACUCAGAUUGCAGGUACGUUAUGGCUAUACAUAUUACCAGGCUCUGUUCAUUUUGUGCAGCCUACUGCAAUAUGUAUAUGUCAUGUGCUAUUGGUUUCUUUUUAUGAUCACAAAGGGCUAUGCAGUAGCCAAAAGAAGUGGUGGAAGUUGAAAGCAGUCGUGCUCUUACAGCUUAAUCUGAUAGUGGAUCACAGUUUGCCAGUAGUCCAGUGAAUAAAUUAGUGUUAGACUGAUGUGUCAGGUCUCUAUCCAUCUGUACAAUACUUGUGUUUUUAUGUUUUAGCCCAUUAACUCCAUUAAAUAUUUUUUUAUAUUUUCAACCAUUUUCCAAAACAUACAAUUUAUUGGAGUUGUUUCCUAGCUUCCAGGCUGGUUUCUGUUCAUUUCUUAAUUGCCUCGAUCUUGGAAGAUACUUGACAGAAGUAUUCCAUCACUGUAAACACCUCAUUAUCUUUUGUGCUGUUCGAUUUAUUACAUUACCAGGUUUGACUGAGCAGCUUUAGUGAAUCUGUUAAGCCUACCUUCUGGAGCUGCUCCCUCAACUAAAACUUUUUUUUAAGUAGCAUUAGUCUGAGCUUCAGUGCUUACCAUUAGUUACAUUAUCUUUGAUGCUGUGGUGUGUUUUUUCCCUCAAAACCAAGUUCAGCAGCAUUGUCCUGCUGGUACUUCUAAGAUAUUGUUGCCACAUAACGUAGGCCAUAGACAUGACGAUAAAUACAUUAUAAUAGCUUUAGACUAUUAAUUGAUUAUGGAUUUCUUCAUACCUACUAUAGCCAGAAAGACUGAUACUGCAGCUUACUGACUCAUAUCAUGCAGUUUGUGUAAAGGACCUUUUUUAUUGUUUGUCAUUGGUGGAGGUGCAUCAUAUGUGAACACUGUCAGUCAAACUGACUUUUCAUACUGUUUAAUGUCAUCUCUGCUGUUCUUGCUCUGGGAAAAGGUCAUGGGUUAAGACUCUAUGCAAAUAGACAAUUGAAUUGUAAGUGUGUGUGUUGCAAAAUGUUUGAACAAGGGUCGGGUGAUAGGAUGUUGUAUAUCUUUGGACAUCAAUGUGAAAAAGUACUUUAAUUGGUUAAAAAUGUAAUUUACAGAGUUUACUGUAUCGUGAUAAAAUGUAAAAUUGUAUCCAAAGAUUUUAAGAGUAUCGUCUAUCCCUCACUGGAGUGUUGAGAUGUGAGAGUGAACUACAGGAAAUGGUAACGCCUGACAAUAUAUUGCAAUUCACUAAACAUUACAGCAUAAAACACGAAUAAAAUAUUACAUAUUUUAAACUUCAGCAUUCUCAGAGUUUAUUGCAAGCCCUGUUGUAUAGGUUUAUAUUCAUUAUAUUUUUAGUUCUGUAGUUUGUCCACCUCCUAAUAUUACGGUUGACUUGCUUUCUUCUUAUUGUUGUGGUUUCUUACUAAUUGCUGCUAAAAUAAAUUCCCCUCUUGGUUUUUG